GAAAUUUCCAGCUCUAAUAUUUUUGCAUAAUUCUUCCUCUCUUUGCUUUAUCAGUGCUAAAAAACCCUUCAAUUCCGCCAAUUCAUCUUCCUCAUCUGUUUUUGAAUGCUCCAAAUAGUUAUAGAAGCUGCAUUUUCUGGAUUCUGCUGAUUUCUGCUUGAGAGAUUUUUUUUUGCUGAAGUUAUAGAUGGUUUAAAAGGCGCAAAAACUGUAGUUACAAAAUUACAAAUAAUCCUCACGGUCGGUGUGUUUGAAUAUGUCUCUUUCAUCGCAGAGGAUGUGUAUAUUUGACGACUUCGAAGCUGCACGCUACCGUUAAUCAGUGCUCUCUUUCUCUCCGGUCGAAUUUCUCCUCGAUUUGCCCCUGCUAGAAAAGCUUGAUGAGCUGCGAAGUCUGCCAACUCAAAGAACUCGAUGUUGAGCACUUCGAGAUACGCGAAGUUCUUCGAUGCAUUCUGCACACUAUUUUGUUCCACAGAGCUUUAGGGCUUGUGCGCCCGAAAGACAUUGAUUUGGAACUUUUCGAGAUUACAUAUGUGCAAUGUGGUGAUGUAGAACUUGAGAGGAAAAUAGAUGAGAAGAUUGACCAAUUCAUAGACAGGGUGGAGAAGCACCCGAAUAAGAAAAAUCAGAUAUGUUUGUCCUUCUAUGAGGUCAAAAACAAACAGCCUACAUGGUUCACUAAUAAAGUUGAACGCCUCUACUGGGAACAGUGGUACAUAAACUUGAACGUGGCACAACACCAGAAAGGACAUUCUGGAAAGUCUACCUCUUCCAAAAUAGUAGUCGAUCCUGGAGCUGAGGAAAGAACUGUUCGGCGUGCAGCGCUAGAAGCUUCGCUUCGUGAUGUUCUGUUUCAGAUAAUUAAAUUUGUGAAUGAAAAGAAGGAUCAUAUUCCUCCGAUACCAAACCUUGAAGGCGUCUCAUUCCCCUAUGAAAUUACUAUCUCAAGUUCGUCAGAUUCUGCGUUUGGAAUGGAAAUGUUCAAGAGGAUGCUCCAAACUGGGCAGCCCACGAUGCUCAGCUGACUCGAGGUCAUAUUUCGUCUUAUCGACUUGGAACGAAUAUGCUGCCUGUGAAUAUUUUAUGCUAAAUUAUGUAAACUGAGCUCUAAUUUACACUCAAAUUGAAGUUAUGUACCUCCAUUGAAUAUGCUGAUGCCUGUGAAUAUUUUCUGCUAAAUUAUGUAAAAGGAGCUCUAAUUUACAGCCAAAUCGAAUUGAUGCUCUGGAGAAGCACGGUGAUUUGUGUACAUAUCGACUUUAUGUAAAACUAUACUUAUUAACUAUUCUUUGUAAAAACUUUUAUUCUGACAUUUGAUGAAUUUUAAGAUUAUGAUUGGAUUCGUGGUUUUGCAAGUAUCAA